AUGGUUGGAUUUAUAAUUUUAUCCUUAAAAAUAAUGUUUUUCACGGUUUUUUUUAUUCUAUUUUCUAUGAUAUCAGAUGCCACAGUACAUAGGUUAAAUGUUCCCAGAGUCUUAUUACCAGUAUUUAAUGAUUUUGCUGUAAAUUUUACACUUGAAGUUACUGAUGGUGCUUGUUAUCAAUGGUCAACAUCACGAUUAGAUAUUAUUCAAUUAAUUCCUAUAAAUGAAAAUGUUGAAAGAACUUGUUCUUCUGCUAUAUUGAUACAAAUAAUAACAAGAGAAUCUACUCGAAACACUGCAAUAGUAUUGGCUGAAGAUGUUAAUAAUGGUCAAUUUUUAAGAUGUGAUGUUAUAGUUGAUGCAAUUUUUUCUUUAAAUCUUGUGACAACCACAAGAGAAUUAUAUAUAGAAGAAGCACCAGAAGCAUUUGAAGUCCGUGCAUAUGAUGAACAAGGAAAUGAAUUUACAACUCUUGCUGGAGUAGAAUUUCUUUGGAGCAUAGAUAAUGCUGAUAAACACACAUCAGAUUCUAAAAUACCAAAUGAUGUUUUAAGAUUCAUGACUUAUCAAGAAUCACAAUAUGAAACUCCAACAACAGUUGCUGCAUUAGAUGCAACUGGUAAAAAAGGACAUAUUGUAUUAUUAGAAGGAAUAAAAACUGGUACAGCAAAGGUUUCUGUGAAAUUACCUUAUUUAGAGUAUAAACAUGUUCCACCAAUAGAAGUUGAAUUAAUUGUAAUAGCUAAUUUAAUUAUCAUUCCAUCAGAUAUAACAGUUAUGGCAUAUGACAGUUUUAAGUACAAAAUAAUGCAAGCUCGUCAAGGUCGUUUAGAAGAAAUAAAUUUACCAUCUAGCCAAUAUUAUUUAGAAGCAGAAAAUCCUGAUAUAUUAGAAAUUGAUAAUGAUCAUGAUUUUGCAUAUGCUAAAUCUUUAGGACGUACUAAAGUAUUUUUACAUGAUAAAAAUGUUCGUGAUGAAUAUCCUGUUAUUUUACCAUCCGCUACAGUUAAUGUGAAUGAUGUAGCCUAUAUAACUCUUGCUGUUUUACCCAAUAGAAAUUGGGGUUUAAUACUUGGUCAUACUCAUGAAAUUGUAAUUGAAUUGUAUAAUAAUAAAGAUCAUAAAUUUCACAUUGGAGAAGGAGUUGAAGUAUUAACAAAAUUAGAUGAACAUUAUUUUGAAUCAAAAUUAAUAACACAAAAUGGUACUUAUAUUAUUGGUGUACCUAUAAUGUGUGGGACAAUGACCAUUGAAGCUAUUCUUUAUGGUAUAAUUGAUAAGCACGGUAAAAAAAUUUCAUUUGCUUCACAUCCUACUACAAGAGCUGAGCUUUUAAUUCAUACUUCAGUUAUUGUACAACCUAAAGUACUAGCUGUUCCAUGGGAUUUUAAAGCUAAAUCAAGGUAUGAUAUUGUAUUAAAGGCAAAUGGAGGGGAUGGAUCAUAUGUAUGGUCAAGUAAACAUCCUUCAAUAGCAACAAUUUCUCAGAAUGGAGGAAUGAGAAUUUUAGCAGCAGGAGCAACAGAAAUAAAUGUUGCUAUGACAAGAAAUCAAUAUAAUAAAGAUACAGCAAGAGUAUAUGUAUUACCUCCUUCCAAGCUAAAAGUAAUUGAAUAUAACAUGGAAAUUGCUGUAGAAGAAGUGAUUUAUCUUCACAUUGCAUUAUAUGGAAAAUUAAUUAAUGGAACAGAUUCCAAAGAAAUUCCUUUUAAUGACUGUAGAGAUAUUAAAUUUGAAACAUACAUUCCAAAUGGUAAUUUUAUACAAAAUGAUAGUAAAAUCAUAGAACCUAUAGGAAUUGCAUGUGCUGUUAUAGCAGUCACUAGUGUAGAUAUUGGAACAUCUGAAAUAACAGUAGUAUAUAAUGCUAAUGGUCAAUACUUGACUGAUAAUAUUACUGUAUCAGCCUAUGAACGUUUAAUAGCAAUACAUCCAAAUAGUAAAGAAAGUUUAUUAACAGUGGGUUCAUCAAGAAAAAUAGUUUUUAAAGGUGGACCCCAUCCUUGGUCAAACAAGCCUCAAAGUUAUUCACGAAAAAUUCAAGUAUCUGAAAAAAAAAUUGCUGAAGUAAUAGAACGUGCAGAUUUAUCAACCGGAUUAUAUGAUAUAUCUGUUUUUGAAGUAACAUGUCGUUCCCUUGGAGAAGUAGAUGUAACAUAUAUAAUUUCAAAUAUUCCUUUAUUGCCAAAUUGUAAAAAUACAUAUGCAUUUGAAACAGUGAAGAUUAUUUGUGGCAAACCCAGACAUAUUUAUUUUCAACCUGAAUUUAAAGAUAGUAAAAAUUGUCCUAUUAGUCUUAAUACAGAAAGAAUAAUGGCGCAUAGCGAUAAAAAUUUAAAACUUAUAACAGUAGUAAAGGAUGAAGAAGGUAGAAUUUUUGAUAAUAUUACAAGUUUACAUAUUGAAUGGAAUUUAAAACCCUCAACUAUAGGCUUUGUACAAAUGCCUUCUGGUUCUAUAGAAGAGACAAUUACGGAUAUGAAUGUUAUUUUACCAAAAAAUUAUUAUCAAAAUAUCAUUUUUAAGAAACAUACUGGUGCUCUUACAUUAACUGCUACAAUUACAGGUUAUCAAAAAUAUAUAUUAAAUAAAUUAAAAAUAAUACCUGAAUGGCCACCUUUUGCAAUUGAAAGUGAGAGAAAAAUAUAUGAAACUCCUCUUAUAGAAACUUCUUUAGAAAUAGUUUUAGUUAAUGAUACUAGUAUUAUUCCUGAUAAAUUAAUGGUAUUAAAUGAUCCUACUGCAAAAUAUUAUUUACAAGUAAGCCAAGGUUCUGGAUAUUAUGAAUUUGUAUUAAAUGUAGAUGAUAUUGCAGAUAUUAGAUAUAUAGAAUCAACAAAAGCAAUUAGUCUUACGCCAAAAAAAUCUGGAAUACUUUAUUUAUCUUUAGUAGAUCUUUGUUUACCUUCUAAACCAGCUGAAGCUAUAAUUGAAAUACAACAACUUGCAGUAAUAGAAAUAGAAACAGUGAAUAAAAUUGAAAAAGGAAAAUGCAUAGUAGCUGCAUUGAAACUUUAUGAUACAAAUGGCCAUGUUAUAAAAUUACCAUCUUUAAAUGCUUUGGAAUUUAAAGCAGAAAUUGAUAAUGAAUGUAUAGAAGUUAAACAAUUACCUGCUAGUGAACAUGGUAAUUCUCCUUAUAAUCAAUUAUUAUAUAUGAUAUAUGGAAUGGCAGAAGGAGAAUCUCAAUUAACUUUUAUUAGUAAAGGAGGUGAAAAAGAAGUACAAAGUGAAUCAGCAACUAUUCAAGUCUUUCUUCCUUUGAAAGUUUCCCCAAAAAAUUUAACAAUUUUAGUAGGAACUAUUUAUCAAGUACAAACAAUAGGAGGUCCAUCAAAUGCAGAAAUUGAAUUCUCUACACAAAAUAAUGAUAUUUUACAUAUUGAUCAUAAUGGUAUAUUUGAAGGAAAAUCAGUUGGCCAAACAAAAAUUAUUGUUAGAGCUAUUGGUCUUAAUGCUAAAGGCAAUAAAGUUAUUCAUUCUGAAGAUUAUGCAGAUAUACAUGUAUUAUAUCUUGAAGGAGUAAAAAUCAUUGUGCCAACAAGUAGAGUAAAAGUGGGUGCAACAUUUCCACUUUGGGCUUUUGGUAUCCCAGAACAUUUAACUCCUCUUAUUAUAGGUUCUAUGCAAUUAUUAUUAAUUUUUACAUGGUCAUCUAGUGAUUCUAAUCUAAUUACAUUGCAUAAUAUGUAUGAAGGUACUGGUAUUAAUAUUAGAUACCAAAAUGAAGUAUGUUUAAGAGCCAAAGCAAUAAGUCCUGGAUUAGCAACUAUUUAUUUAAAUGUUACAAUGCCAUCCAAUAUGUUAGCUGGUUUUAAAAAUGAUGUAACAUUCACUACAUUUGUAAAAAUUGAAAUUUUCGAAGAAUUGCGUUUAACGCAUUUAGGAUUACCAUUUAAUGCACCAGUGAUAUUAAUGUCUCCAAACUCUAUUUUAAAAUUACAAACAAAUCGUGACAAAUAUGGUACAACAACUUAUAAAGUAUUAUCAACUUUACAUGGAAAUGAUUCAAUGGAUUCACAUGCUUUAACACCAGCAUCUAAAACUAUUACUAUUGAUAAAAAUGGCAUCAUAAAGGCUGGUGAAAAUUUUGGAAAAAUAGUUAUUUCUAUUACAAACACAGAAACAUAUAAUUUAAAACAGUCAAUAACUAUUAUUGUUGAAAUUAAACCUAUUCAUUACAUGAUGUUAUCUUUGAAAUCAAUUUUACGAAUUCGAAAUGGAGAAGAAUUAAAUAUGUUACCCAAAGGUAUGGAAUUAGAUUAUGUUCUUGAAUAUUAUGAUAAUGUUGGAACAAAAUUUCAUGCUGCUGAGGUUAAUGCUGAAACUAUAUUAAAUCGGGCUGAUCUUGCAUCAUUUAUUAAAAAUUCUGAAAAUAUAGUUACUGUAAAAUUUAUUGAAAAUGGAGAUCUUAUUGUAAAAACAUAUAAUGAAAAAUAUCCUAAUGCAAUGUUUGAUUAUGUACAUAUGAUGAUUGGUGAUAUAGUUUUCCCCACAAAGACUACACUAACAGUGGGUGAUAUAGUAUGCUUUUCAAUGCCACUUCUAUCUCCUGAUGGUGAUCCAGGUUAUUGGCAAUCUUCUGCUUCUGAAAUAUUAACAGUAGAUCCUAUUACAGGAAUAGGUCGAGCAAAAAAUGUUGGUUAUGCAGUAGUAAAACAUAGUCUUGCAACUCAUAUGCAAGGUGAAAUAGAAGUUCAUAUUCAAUCUAUUGCAAAGAUAUCAAUUGUUCCAUUAAGAGGCCGAAAUAUUACUGGAACUGAGACAUUUAGCGUUCCUCUUGUACUUAAAAGUAAAGAUGAACAAGUAAAAGAAAAUAAUGUAUUAUCUAGAGGAUUAGGUGGUUGUAGAACAUUCAAUUUAUUUACUUUAAAUUCAUUUCCUUACACAUGUAAUAUACAAUUUGUUUCAUCGACUUCUAUUGGAGUGAAAGAUCUUUUUCUUAUCAAACCGCGAUUUGAUAUUACAACUGGUUUUUAUUAUUGUGAUAUAAUUCCAAUGGGUUCUCCAAAUAUAAUUUCUAGUACAUUAGAAAAUCGUAUUCAAAUAAGUGCACAAAGUAAAGAUAUUGAAGCUAUACCCUUAGAAGUAACAUAUCUUCCUCCUGUUUAUGUUGAUGCCAAAGAAAUUGUUUUUAUUUAUACUCAUUCUCAAAUUAUUCCAACUGCAACACUUGAGAUAUAUGGAUUACAAUCUGUAUUAGAUCAUCUUACUAUUGAUGUACCAGAUGGAAUGACCGUAAGUGUUCGGCAAUAUAUUUCAAAAUCUACAAUACAAUAUAAACUUCGUUUAAUGCAUAAUCAUGAAGAAAUUCAAGGUCAGAAAGUUGUUAUUGCAAAUGACAUUACAAAGCAAAAUAUAUCUCUUUUUGUACGUGUAACAAAAUAUGAAAAUUUCAUCCCUUUAUCUGGAAUUCAUUGGGUUGAUUAUAUGUAUUUUCAUCGUUACACAUUUGGAACAUUUGCUGUUGUUGUAAUUACUUUUUUCUAUAUAUGGAAAAAUAAAAUAGCGAAUAUUGACUUAAAUAUAAAGAAUAAAGCAGUUUUUGUUGAUAAAUGUCCACCGCAAUUAAAAAAAACAAGUACUCCAUGUUCGCCUACUUUACACACUACAAACAUAUCGAUUCCACGAAGUCCAAUUAGUCCAAUAAGACCAUUUUCUGCAUUUGAUCCUGUUUAUGGUGAUCCUCGUGGUUCUUAUUCACCAACUAAACGAAAUAGAUCAUUGAAUACUUCAUAAAAUAUGAUAGAGUUUCAAGUUAAAAAUAUAUUAUAUUUACAAAACUAUGCAUAUUAACAUAAAUUUGCAAACAAAUAUAUUAUCAAACUGGUGCCUUAUUAUCAUAAAUUCAUUUUUGUUAGAAAAUUAAUUAUUUUUUAUGUUGUUUUCAUGACUAAGAUAUACUUUGCAUAUUAAUAAGAUAUAAGAAAAUGUACAUUCUGUAAUAUAUAAUUUAUAAUGUAAUAUAUAAUUCUACAUACAGUAGAAUAUAUACAAUAAGUUAAUGCAGUUAUACUUUAAAUAUAGGUUAAUUAUUUUAGAAAUGUAAAAUAUGUAAUUCCUAGUCAUAAUAAUUUAUAUAUGUAUUAAUGUCAUAUUCUAUUCAUACAAUUAAAAUAUAGUAUACAUAUAUAAUU